AUGUUAUCAUUUGGUACUGAAAUUGAUAAUAACAAAAAAGACGCCAUUUUUUCAACUCGAUGGUUUCCCCCCAAAAUCCGGAAGAUGCGUAUCAAAUACUUGCCCAUUAUCAACAUGACAAAGGCACUUUCUUUUUAUUCCCAAUUACAUGAAAUAACUUUUUCAAGCAUCUCUUUAAAUGCAAAGGUGAAUGAUGUCACAGUUUGUGAUUCAAUCUUUAAAAUUCUGACUUUACAAACACUUCACAAAGUCACAUUUGAAAUCGACAUCUUUUGCAAACAGUUUUUCAAUAAGAUGUCAAUUGCAUGUGAUUCAGGUAACACCAUUCUUAAAGAAAAUGUUCGUUAUAAAUUAUUGGUGUAUUCUUCUUGGAAAAAGCACUCAGGGUUACAAAAAGAUGAGGAGUUUGAAACGAUGUUUUCAGUGCAGUUGGAUGUCAUCAAUAAGUUAAAGACGUACAACAACUUUCAAAUAGUGACGAACAUCAUUCACAGAAGUACAGAAGGGAUGGAGAUAGUGAGUAAGAAGGGGAUAUACAUAGCACAGACAUAUAACGAGAUGUGCUAUAAUGAGAUAACAUCAGUAAUUCACAAAGGCUUCUUACAAGUACUUAAAAUUGAAGCCAAAGGAUUAGAAAUAUUUGAUUGUGACCAAUACCCCAAUGUGUAUGACAUUCGGAUCAAUGCGUUUGCUGGGACAUUAAAAUUGAAUAAGAACAUCAAAUUUGUUGAAUUGAGAAAUUUAAGAGGAAUGAAGAGUGAAAUUAGAGUUGAGAUGAAUACCUCAAAACUUGAAACGUUCAUAAUAAAAAAUGUCACAGUCCAAGGCGUUAUUCUUUAUAAAAAUGUUUUAAAAAGGUUUGAAGCUAAGAGAUCUUCAUUGGAGUGUUUUUGGGUGGAUGACAAAAAGACUAAUGAUAUGGUCAAUACAAGUGAUUAUGUUGAUUUAGAAGGCCUUGAACAAUUUAGUGUUGUUGCAAAUGAAAAAUUGAAUGUAUACUUUGGGGGAAAAGUAAUUGAGUUCAGUCAACGGAAGAUAGUAUUAAAGAACAAAACAUUAAUAAUUCAAGAUGUGAUGUUUUACCAAAAAGCUCUUUGCACCAAAAUAGAAGACAUCAAAACUCUCAAUUUCGACAAAUUCAAAUUUGAUACUGUCGAGGUGAAAACCACUUCAGGAAUGAUAUUGGACUUUGGAGAUUCAAAACUCAAGGAGAUGACAUUAAACCGGAUCAGUUAUUUGACGAUAAGAUGUGGACCGACUUCUUUUCUUAAAGGAGAGAUUUUUUUCAAAUCAAGUAUAACAUUAAAAGCUCUUAAAGAUAAAGAAAAAUCAAUAAGAAACAGUGAUUUAAAAAUAGAAGUAAUAGACAAAGACUUUACUGACUACAUUUAA